UUUUAAACAAACCACGGCGCGCCGGUUGAAGAAUUUACUCCCCUGAAGCGUUAAUUUACCUUUUAUGUUAACCAAACCGACAUAUUUACAAAUAUUCUACAUUUAUUCUUAUAAAUAAGUGUAUUAUUCUUUUAAAAGUAGCAGUUAGGAUGGACCUCCAGAAAAUUAUUCACAAUGCACUGCAUGACUUUGUCCUAUCACACAUACCAGAUGCAGAUCUUAGUACUCUAGAUGAUGUUCUUCUGUCCUACAUCACCGGUGUGCUUGAGGAUCUGGGUUCUCAAGCAAGCGUUGAAGAAAACUUUGAUGUUGAAAUGUUUGUUGAGAUGCUUGAAGCCUAUAUUCCAGGCUUUUCUAACAUUGAUAGUAUUCAAGUCUGUGAAAUUAUGUUCAGCCUGGCUUCCAAAUUAGACUCUGCUCGAAAUGAAGAAUCAUGUCAGUCAAAAACAAAGGGGAAUUGCUCCUUGAGUCCGGCCGUAGAGGGAGGUUCAGUACCAAAGAUGCACAGCCACUCAUCGCAUGUAGAGGGAGCCACAGCCAAGGCAAACAUGUCAGAAUGGGAUGAACAGGAACAGCUUCUUCUAGAGAUGUUCCCAAAAUGUACUCUAACAGAAGCGAGAAGUGCAUUGUCUAUUGCUAAAGGAGACAUGGAGGAAGCUGUUCGACUCAUCAUUGAAGGAGACGUGCAGCUCAGUCAUACCCCUCCUCUCAGCGCAAACCCUGGAAAAACUUCAUCCUCACAGCCUGACGAGAAGCUUAAAGCAAAUAUUUUAGAAAAAUACAUGCUGGUAGAUGAUGAGGAAGAUAAGAAAAUCCACAAACCAUUUAUUCCAAAAGAUGCUCCAAAGAAGCUGGUUCGUUACCAUGGCAAUCAGGUGGUGACUACUAAGGGAGAACGUUAUCAUAUGGUCAAGAAAGAGGAAACAGAGGAAAUGAAAAAGACAUACGUUAAUCUCAAACCAGCCCGCAAAUACCGCUUCCAUUGAUGAGCAUCCAGUGUCUGCAUCAGAUUUUACAUUUUAUGUACAUUACUACUGUUGAUGAUGUCAGAGAUUUUCUUUGUUGUUUUUUUUUUUGUAAGGUUAACUGUACUCUGACUGACUAACUGCACUAAAUAGACUGACUGACUAAACUAAAUAAACUAAACUGACUGACUAAAUAGUUAUACAAAGAUUUAUUUAUAAAAUGGUUUCUUGUGUUUGGAUUUAAAGUGUUUCAUAAACCAGCACCAGUUUUAAUGGAUACAUUUGACAGAAGUACUACAUGGACAUGGAGGUUGGUUUUAGAUUGUUACUGUUGGCAUGUGGUAUUUCAAAGCAUCGGUAAACAUGCUGCUAAAUGGCUGUUCUGUUCUAAAAACAACCAAUUUACCAGUUACUAGGACUCGGGCAUAUUAACGGCUGCAAUGAUGCUUAGGUUUAAUGCUCUAAUGCUCUCAAGGAUAAAGUUAUUCUUUAUUUUUAUGCAGAUAUUUAGAUUUUAAUGGUGUCCAGAUUGCAUAUCAUCGCUUUAUAGAAAAAUUCAUUCGAGCUGGGCUCGAGAACCGAUUCAGUUGUAAUGGUCUAUGAUAAGUGUCUCUCUGUUUAUACAGGAUACAGAAUAUAAAGCGCAAUAUCUUUAUUUACUGU